AUGAACACAACCGUCGAUGAAGAAGAGGUGGGUAAUAAGCGUUUGGUAAGUCAGGUAGAUUACGAUUUAAGUGAGGAAGAUGGUGAAGCGGAAAAAUCCUCAAAAAAACUAAAAGUGAAAGAGGAGGACAAUACCAUUUUCGAUGAAGUUCCGCCAGCGGACGAAUUAGAAGACAUUGUGGACGAAUAUGUGGAACAGCAUACGGGAGGAACAGGCGUAACGGAUUCCUUGCUUUCAAUAAAUAAGGGGGAGGCUCACGAGGAAAAUUCGGGCGUCAAUGCGCAGUAUGUUCCGAAAGGGCCUUCGACUGCAAUCGAGAUAGCAAAGAACCCUGAAACUGGCAAAUACAAAUUUCCUUUCAUUUCGAAAGAAGACUCUCUGACAGCUCGCUCGUAUUUGAAACAUUACGGCGCUAAUAAGUUCUUGGACACGCAUCUACCGGAGGACUUGAACUCGUUGUACAUAUACCAUCUUAUCAAGUUGCUUGGAUUUCAAAUCAAAGACAAACAGCUGCUGGAGGCGGUACAGAACGUAGUGGAGAGCGAUAUUUAUCCACACGGCGCGCUGUUGACCAAGGAUGUGCCACCCCCCGAUAAAACCUCUGAAACGGGCGAGAACGACCAAUUUGACGAUCCUCUUGAGAAAAGACACGCUGUGCGUUUGAUUAAGGAUUUGCAAAAGGCCAUGAACAAAGUGCUGAGUACUCGAAUGAAACUUGCCAAGUUUCACACUCUAGAUGACUUCUGUGCUAAACUCAAAGAAGCCAAAAAAGUGCUGGUUUUGACCGGCGCAGGGAUCUCUACGUCGUUGGGCAUACCGGACUUUAGAUCUUCAGAGGGGUUUUACUCGAAAAUAAGACAUCUUGGUUUGGAUGACCCCCAGGAUGUUUUCAAUUACGACAUCUUCAUCCAAGACCCGUCGGUUUUUUACAAUAUUGCGCACAUGGUUCUUCCUCCAGAGAAUAUUUUCUCUCCUUUGCACAGUUUCAUAAAAUUGAUCGAAGAUAAGGGCAAACUUCUACGGAACUAUACUCAGAAUAUCGAUAAUUUGGAAUCUUACGCUGGUAUACAGUCAGAAAAGCUAGUGCAGUGCCAUGGAUCGUUUGCCACAGCAUCUUGUGUGACUUGUCAUUGGAAAGUACCAGGAGAGAAAAUUUUCCAAAAUAUCAGAAAUUUAGAACUGCCUCUUUGUCCCUACUGUUAUCACAAGAGAAAGGAGUACUUUCCGACAACUCCGAUUCCGAAUUCUGGCAGUCCAGCGAAUGUGGUUCCUCCAAGCCCUGUUUAUCACAUGUUAAAAUCGUAUGGCGUGUUGAAACCAGACAUCACCUUUUUUGGCGAAGCUCUGCCUUCCAAAUUUCACCGCUUCAUUCGUGAGGAUGUUCUGAAAUGCGAUCUUUUGAUCUGCAUUGGCACAAGUCUCAAAGUUGCUCCGGUAUCGGAGAUUGUCAACAUGAUACCCGCGGGCAUCCCGCAAGUUUUAAUAAAUAAAGACCCCGUUAGACACGCGGAGUUUGACUUAUCACUUUUGGGUCUUUGUGACGAUGUCGCGGCACUCGUGGCACGGAAAUGUGGCUGGGAUGUGCCUCAUGAUCGCUGGCCGGAGUUAAAAGCAAUGAACAUUGAUUGCAUUGAGGUAGAUAGAGGUGUUUACCAGGUAAAGCCUUCUCAAAAUGUUGAGGAAGCUGCUACAAGUGAGCCAAUAAGCAAGGAAUAA